CUCCCUUGGGAGCCUUAAAGAUUGAAAGGACAAAUGGACAGUGUUGAGAGCUCUGUGGAAGAGGAGACCUGAGAGACGUUGAUCAUCAUGGCCCCUUGGGAUUUGCAAAGAGGAAUGACUAGAACUGGGCCUUUCACUGCUGCCAGGUCAAAGGUCAGGUCAGGAAUGUGGACAAUGCUGGUGACUCCAGUUGCUUCCAAGAUCCGGUACUUACAGGAAUAUCAUAACCGGGUUCUCCACAACAUUUACCCUGUACCUUCAGGAACAGAUAUUGCAAACACCCUGAAAUACUUUUCUCAGACCUUGUUAAGCAUUUUGUCCCGCACAGGGAAGAAGGAAAACCAAGAUGCCUCCAAUUUGACAGUGCCCAUGACCAUGUGUCUUUUUCCUGUGCCAUUCCCACUCACCCCAUCUCUAAGACCGCAGGUCAGUUCCAUGAACCCUACUGUUACUCGCUCCCUCCUUUACAGCGUCCUGCGAGAUGCCCCCUCUGAACGCGGCCUGCAAAGUCGUGAUGCUCACUUGUCAGACUACCCUUCUUUGGACUAUCAAGGCCUCUACGUGACUUUGGUGACUCUCCUGGAUCUAGUUCCUUUACUACAGCAUGGCCAACACGAUCUUGGACAGUCGAUAUUUUAUACAACCACAUGUUUGCUGCCCUUUCUCAAUGAUGAUAUUCUGAGUACUUUGCCCUACACGAUGAUAUCAACGUUAGCUACCUUCCCUCCAUUUCUGCACAAGGAUAUUAUUGAAUAUCUUAGCACAUCUUUUCUACCAAUGGCUAUCUUGGGUUCCUCAAGGAGAGAAGGCGUUCCUGCCCAUGUUAAUCUCUCUGCAUCAUCCAUGCUAAUGAUUGCAAUGCAGUACACAUCCAACCCCGUUUAUCAUUGUCAAUUAUUGGAAUGCCUCAUGAAAUAUAAACAAGAAGUCUGGAAAGAUCUUUUGUACGUGAUAGCCUAUGGGCCUUCACAAGUGAAACCUCCAGCUGUGCAAAUGCUGUUUCAUUACUGGCCCAAUUUAAAACCUCCUGGGGCGAUAAGCGAAUACAGGGGCUUGCAGUACACAGCUUGGAAUCCCAUCCACUGCCAGCACAUUGAAUGCCACAACGCAAUUAACAAACCAGCUGUGAAGAUGUGUAUAGACCCUUCCCUGUCAGUAGCUUUGGGUGAUAAGCCACCCCCAUUGUAUCUCUGUGAAGAAUGCAGCCAGAGGAUCGCGGGGGACCACAGUGAAUGGUUGAUUGAUGUUCUUCUGCCGCAAGCUGAAAUAUCUGCCAUAUGUCAGAAGAAGAACUGCAGUUCCCAUGUUAGGAGAGCAGUUGUCACCUGCUUUUCAGCAGGGUGCUGCGAUCGCCAUGGAAACAGGCCUGUUCGGUACUGCAAAAGAUGCCACUCAAACCAUCACAGUAAUGAAGUGGGGGCUGCCUCGGAGACCCACCUCUACCAGACCUCCCCUCCACCCAUCAACACUCGAGAAUGUGGUGCUGAGGAGCUCGUCUGCGCCGUGGAGGCCGUGAUUAGCUUGUUGAAAGAAGCCGAGUUCCAUGCUGAGCAGCGGGAAUAUGAGCUGAAUCGCCGGCGGCAGCUGGGACUUUCCUCUUCCCACCAUUCCCUGGAGAACGCUGACUUUGACAACAAGGACGAUGAUAAACAUGACCAGCGGCUACUCAGUCAAUUUGGAAUAUGGUUCUUAGUGAGCCUCUGCACGCCCAGUGAGAACACGCCCACAGAAAGUUUGGCCAGGCUGGUGGCCAUGGUGUUCCAGUGGUUUCACUCCACAGCGUACAUGAUGGAUGAUGAAGUUGGAAGUUUGGUGGAAAAGCUGAAGCCUCAGUUUGUCACCAAGUGGUUGAAGACAGUUUGUGAUGUUCGCUUUGAUGUCAUGGUCAUGUGCCUUCUUCCCAAACCAAUGGAAUUUGCCAGGGUUGGUGGAUACUGGGAUAAAUCCUGUAGCACAGUGACUCAGCUGAAGGAAGGUCUCAACCGAAUCCUCUGCCUGAUCCCCUACAAUGUAAUCAAUCAGUCCGUGUGGGAGUGUAUUAUGCCGGAAUGGCUGGAAGCCAUCAGAACAGAAGUCCCAGAUAACCAGUUAAAAGAAUUCAGGGAAGUAUUAAGCAAAAUGUUUGACAUUGAGCUCUGCCCUCUGCCUUUUUCAAUGGAAGAGAUGUUUGGCUUUAUUAGCUGUCGGUUCACAGGAUACCCUUCCUCUGUGCAGGAACAAGCUUUACUGUGGCUUCAUGUAUUAUCGGAGUUAGACAUCAUGGUGCCACUUCAACUAUUGAUAAGUAUGUUUUCUGAUGGAGUUAAUUCUGUCAAAGAACUGGCCAAUCAAAGAAAAUCAAGAGUCAAUGAAUUGGCAGGGAACCUUGCAGCUCGAAGGGUGAGUGUUGCCUCUGAUCCCGGUCGACGAGCUCAGCACAAUAUGCUCAGUCCAUUUCAUAGUCCUUUUCAGAGUCCAUUUCGGAGUCCUAUACGUAGUCCAUUUCGUAGCCCUUUCAAGAAUUUUGGACACCCUGGAGGAAGGACUAUUGACUUUGACUGUGAAGACGAUGAAAUGAAUCUAAAUUGUUUCAUCCUUAUGUUUGAUCUUCUCCUGAAGCAGAUGGAGUUACAAGAUGAUGGGAUCACGAUGGGUUUAGAGCACAGCUUAUCAAAGGACAUUAUUUCCAUUAUAAACAAUGUCUUCCAAGCCCCCUGGGGGGGCUCCCACACCUGCCAGAAGGACGCAAAAGCAAUUGAGUGUAACUUAUGUCAGUCUAGUAUUCUCUGCUAUCAGCUUGCUUGUGAACUCCUGGAGAGACUGGCUCCGAAAGAAGAAAGCCGGCUGGUGAUAGGCCCUGAAGGUGAGGAGGAGAAUCCAGCAACCAAGCACGGGGAGAACCCAGGCAAUCGCGCCGAGCUCACGGAACACGCUGCAGUAAAGAACGAUACUGAAAGGAAGUUUUGCUACCAACAGCUUCCAGUAACUUUGAGACUCAUAUACACCAUUUUCCAGGAAAUGGCUAAGUUUGAAGAGCCAGACAUUCUUUUCAAUAUGCUCAAUUGCCUGAAGAUCCUCUGUCUACAUGGAGAGUGUUUAUACACUGCUAGAAAAGAACAUCCUCAAUUUUUAGCCUACAUUCAGGAUCAUAUGUUGAUUGCGAGCCUGUGGAGAGUCGUCAAAUCCGAGUUCUCCCAGCUGUCUUCAUUGGCAGUUCCUCUCCUUCUCCAUGCUUUGUCACUUCCUCAUGGUGCUGACAUCUUCUGGACAAUCAUAAAUGGCAAUUUCAACAGCAAAGACUGGAAGAUGAGGUUUGAAGCAGUGGAAAAAGUGGCUGUAAUUUGUAGAUUUCUGGAUAUUCACUCAGUGACUAAAAACCAUCUGCUGAAGUAUUCCCUGGCACAUGCCUUCUGCUGCUUCCUGACGGCCGUGGAGGACGUCAACCCAGCCGUGGCCACCAGGGCCGGUCUCCUGCUCGACACCAUCAAGAGGCCGGCGUUGCAGGGACUGUGUCUUUGUCUUGACUUCCAGUUUGAUACCGUGGUUAAAGAUCGACCCACAAUUUUGAGCAAACUGUUACUCUUGCAUUUUCUUAAGCAAGAUAUUCCUGCUUUGAGUUGGGAGUUCUUUGUCAACAGAUUUGAAACCCUUUCUUUGGAAGCUCAGCUGCAUUUGGAUUGUAACAAAGACUUUCCCUUUCCUACAACUAUCACUGCUGUACGGACCAAUGUUGCCAACCUCAGUGACACCGCACUGUGGAAGAUCAAGAGGGCUCGUUUCGCCAGGAACCGCCAGAAGAGCGUGCGUUCCCUCAGAGACAGUGUGAAAGGGCCCGUGGAGUCCAAGAGGGCGCUCUCCCUCCCUGAGACCCUGACCUCCAAAAUCCGACAACAGUCCCCUGAGAAUGACAACACCAUCAAGGACCUGCUCCCAGAAGAUGCUGGCAUCGACCACCAAACAGUUCACCAGCUGAUUACAGUGCUCAUGAAGUUCAUGGCCAAGGAUGAGAGCAGCGCCGAGUCGGACAUCAGCAGUGCGAAGGCCUUCAACACGGUCAAGCGGCACCUGUACGUCUUGCUUGGCUAUGACCAGCAGGAGGGCUGCUUCAUGAUCGCGCCUCAAAAGAUGCGCCUGUCAACGUGCUUUAAUGCGUUUAUUGCAGGAAUUGCCCAAGUAAUGGACUAUAACAUUAACUUGGGAAAACACCUUCUCCCCUUGGUGGUUCAGGUGCUCAAAUACUGCUCUUGUCCUCAACUACGGCAUUAUUUCCAACAGCCACCUCGUUGUUCCCUCUGGUCCCUAAAACCUCACAUCCGGCAGAUGUGGUUAAAGGCCUUGCUGGUCAUCCUUUACAAGUAUCCAUACCGAGACUGUGACAUCAGCAAGGUCCUGCUGCAUCUGAUUCAUAUAACAGUCAAUACGCUCAAUGCGCAAUAUCAUAGCUGCAAGCCCCAUGCCACGGCAGGACCUCUGUACAGUGACAACAGUAACAUAAGCAGAUACAGCGAAAAAGAAAAAGAAGAAGAUAGUGUUUUUGAUGAAUCUGAUAUUCAUGAUACACCUACUGGACCCUGCAAUAAAGAGUCUCAAACUUUUUUUGCAAGAUUGAAAAGGAUAGGCGGCAGCAAAAUGGUGAAAUACCAGCCGGUUGAGAUGAAUGUUCAGAGAAGUGAAAUAGAACUGGCUGAAUAUAGAGAAACGGGUGCAUUACAAGACAGCAUUCUACACUGUGUGAGAGAAGAAAGCAUUCAGAAAAAAAAGCUGCGCUCUUUAAAACAAAAAUCUCUUGAUAUAGGGAAUGCAGACUCCCUGUUGUUUACAUUAGAUGAGCACCGUAGGAAGUCCUGCGUAGACCGGUGCGACAUAGAUAAGCCUCCUGCCCAGGCUGCCUAUAUUGUGCAAAGACAACACGACCACGGACGUCCUAGACAGAAUUCCGCUACGAGGCCUGACAGUACUGAAGUUCCUGAGAAACCUGCUGUGGAUGGUUUUCAGGAAACGCGAAGGCCCGUAAUCCCAGAAGUUAGGUUAAACUGCAUGGAGACAUGUGAGGUCAAAGUUGACUCGCCAAUAAAGCCUGCUCCCAAAGAGGACUUAGAUCUGAUAGAUUUGUCCUCAGAUUCAACAUCUGGGCCUGAAAAACACUCUGUGCUCUCAACCUCUGAUAGCGACUCUCUUGUGUUUGAACCUCUUCCCCCUCUCCGAAUCGUAGAGAGUGACGAAGAGGAGACCAUGGACCAAGGAAAUGAUGGUGCCCCUGGUAAAAAUGCUGCCUCCUCGCCCUCCAUCCCCAGCCACCCCUCUGUCCUCAGCCUGAGCACAAUGCCCCUUGUGCAAGUAAGCGUGGAGGACUGUUCCAAAGACUUUUCUUCCAAGGACUCAGGAAAUAAUCAGCCUGCAGGUGGCAAGGACUCCAGUCUCAUAGCCUUGGAAGACCCCACAGACUCUGAGGAAUUAUCAAAGCCGAAGGAGCUGCAAGAGUUUUCCUGUGGCAGCCCGCUCACACUUAAACAAAAACGAGACCUCCUUCAGAAGUCAUUCGCUCUUCCCGAGCUGUCCCUGGAUGAUAACCCUGAGCUCAGCAUCGAGGAAGACACGCCGGGUGGGCCGAUGCCAAGUUCAGGGGCAAAAACUGUCCUUCUCAAAGUCCCUGAAGAUGCGGAGAAUCCAACAGAAGGUGAGAAACCCGACACGAGUGCUGAGUCGGAUACAGAGCUGAAUCCUGAGAGCAAGGUUGAAGAGGAGGGAGCUGAAGAAUCGGAGUUUAAGAUUCAGAUCGUUCCCAGGCAGAGGAAGCAGAGGAAGAUAGCGGUCAGCGCCAUCCAGAGAGAGUACCUUGACAUCUCCUUCAACAUCCUAGACAAGCUGGGGGAACAGAAAGACCCAGAUCCCUCUACUAAAGGACUUUCAACUUUGGAAAUGCCACGAGAAUCUGCAUCUGCCCCUACAUUAGAAGCAGGUGUGCCGGAAACAAUUAGCCAUUCCUCAAUAUCAACUCAGUAUAGGCAGAUGAAAAGGGGAUCCCUGGGAGCUCUGACAAUGAGCCAGUUAAUGAAGCGACAGCUGGAACAUCAGUCUAGCGCCCCCCAUAACAUCAGCAACUGGGACACUGAACAGAUACAGCCUGGGAAACGCCAAUGUAAUGUGCCAACGUGCCUAAACCCUGACCUGGAGGGACAGCCAUUGAGAACGAGAGGUGCCACUAAAUCCAGCCUCCUGUCAGCACCCAGUAUUGUCAGUAUGUUUGUGCCAGCACCCGAAGAGUUCACGGACGAGCAGCCGACAGUGAUGACUGACAAAUGCCAUGACUGCGGAGCCAUUCUUGAAGAAUAUGAUGAGGAAACACUUGGGCUGGCCAUUGUGGUCCUCUCCACGUUCAUUCACUUAAGCCCAGACUUGGCAGCCCCGCUCUUGCUGGAUAUCAUGCAGUCUGUGGGAAGGUUGGCAUCCAGCACUACUUUUUCUAAUCAAGCAGAAAGCAUGAUGGUUCCCGGCAAUGCGGCGGGGGUGGCCAAGCAGUUCCUGCGCUGCAUCUUCCAUCAGCUGGCCCCCAACGGCAUCUUCCCACAGCUGUUCCAGAGCACCAUCAAAGAUGGGACUUUUUUACGGACCUUAGCCACGUCUCUGAUGGACUUCAAUGAGCUGAGUUCUAUUGCUGCUCUCAGUCAGCUCUUGGAGGGUCUAAAUAACAAAAAGAAUUUACCAGCAGGGGGUGCUAUGAUACGCUGUUUGGAAAACAUUGCUACCUUCAUGGAAGCUUUGCCCAUGGAUGCGCCUAGUAGCCUCUGGACCACAAUCAGCAACCAGUUUCAGACAUUUUUUGCCAAGCUGCCUUGUGUUUUGCCUCUGAAGUGUUCUUUAGAUUCCAGUUUGAGAAUUAUGAUUUGCCUCUUGAAGAUACCCUCUACCAAUGCCACAAGGAGUCUGUUGGAACCAUUUUCAAAACUGCUCAGCUUUGUAAUUCAGAAUGCUGUCUUCACUUUGGCCUACCUGGUGGAGGUGUGUGGCUUAUGUUACCGAGCUUUCACUAAGGAGCGGGAUAAAUUGUACUUGUCCCGUAGUGUUGUUCUAGAACUUCUGCAGGCCCUGAAGCUGAAAUCUCCAUUACCAGAUACAAAUCUCCUUCUGCUUGUCCAGGUAGGCGUAUGCCUUGUUUGCAAUACUCUUAUGAGAUCCACGUGUUUUGAAAAAAUUAAGGAAGGUGUGGGGCAUAUGCAUAAAUCAAACAUUUCUGUACCUGGAUGUGGGACGGCGGCCAUGGAGUGUGUGCGGCAGUACGUCAGCGAAGUGCUGGACUUCAUGGCAGACAUGCACACGCUGACCAAGCUGAAGAGCCACAUGAAGACAUGUUCCCAGCCUCUGCAUGAAGAUACCUUUGGAGGACAUCUCAAAGUUGGGCUGGCUCAGAUUGCAGCCAUGGAAAUCUCCCGGGGCAACCACAGAGAUAAUAAAGCUGUGAUUCGCUAUCUGCCUUGGCUCUAUCAUCCCCCUUCUGCAAUGCAACAAGGACCUAAAGAGUUCAUCGAGUGCGUCUCCCACAUCCGCCUGUUGUCCUGGCUGCUUCUCGGGUCCCUCACUCAUAACGCAGUGUGUCCAAACGCCUCCUCCCCGUGCCUGCCCAUACCUCUGGAUGCAGGUUCCCACAUUGCAGACCAUCUUAUUGUUAUCCUGAUUGGAUUUCCAGAGCAAUCAAAGACCUCCGUGCUGCACAUGUGUUCCCUCUUCCACGCAUUUAUCUUUGCUCAGCUCUGGACCGUGUAUUGCGAACAAAGUGCCGUAGCUACAAACGUCCAAAGUCAGAAUGAGUUCAGCUUCACAGCCAUCCUGACCGCACUGGAGUUUUGGAGUCGGGUGACACCCAGCAUCCUUCAGCUGAUGGCCCACAACAAAGUGAUGGUAGAAAUGGUGUGUCUCCAUGUGAUUAGUUUAAUGGAGGCAUUGCAAGAAUGCAAUUCAACAAUUUUUGUCAAGCUGAUACCUAUGUGGUUGCCAAUGAUCCAGUCAAAUAUCAAGCACCUAUCUGCGGGACUCCAGCUUCGCCUCCAGGCCAUUCAGAACAACGUCAACCACCACAGCCUAAGGACGCUGCCAGGCUCGGCGCAGAGCAGCGCGGGGCUGGUGGCGCUCCGCAAAUGGCUGCAGUGCACGCAGUUCAAAAUGGCGCAGGUGGAGAUCCAGUCCUCCGAAGCAGCCUCUCAAUUUUAUCCUCUAUGAGCGGACUCCUCGGCUCUCAGUGUCAACACUCUGGUUUAGCAAUAAUGGGUUUCAAAACAAAACAAUUUGAUCCAAGCAGGUUGGGGAACAUAUUGGUACUGUACAUUCUCUUUCUAGUUUAGUAAAAGACGUGCAAAGGCCGGAGAGGGCCAAAAAUGAAGCUUUCUUGCUACACAUAUUUCUGAUGACUCCUUGGGCUAUCUGAUUAAGUGUUUCCUUACAUUAUUUUUUAAAAACCAAAUCAUUUUUCUUUAACUAACUUCUAUUUUUUUUAAGAAAAAAAAAAUAGACUGGUGGGUACUCACAGAAAAGUUGUAUAAGUCCCCCUGUUGCUAUUUUUGAUGAUAGAGAAUAAAUAGGGUUUUUGAAACCUUUGUAGUGUUUUUUCUUAAAAUCCACUCUUGGCAAUGCAAUAAAAAAACCCCGUCACCAUAAGCCAGUGACACUUGACUGAAGCUUUUUGUCAUUAUCCUGGGAAAAAGUGGCAGCUUGCAAGGACCAUUACAAAGUGCACUUAGAAAUUAGGUGGUUAAACUGUGCCAAUUGGUUUCUUUGUUUUAUAAUAUCAUUUUCCAAAACUGUCCAGUGAGUUUUAUUAUUUUUAAAACUAGUUUUUCGACUCAUUCGUUCUAGGCUGUACUUUCUUGUAAGCUUUCUGAUAACCCCUUUAGUUUUGUGAAUAAUAAAUUUUAUUCUUUUGUUAAUACUUGUAUACAAUUCAAUUUAAAACUGUAGAUUGCACCCUGGACCAGACGAUUCCCCACGCUGGCACAGAGCACUGCACCUGGAGUUAUGUUUCAUAAAACAGAAUUUUAAUAGUGUGAGAACACCAAGAUUUAUCAGCACUAAUACUUAGCAUUUGACUGUGCAUUCACAAAUGGUAUUUCUCUUCUCUAUCCCUGUAAUGCACUGACUAAAAGAAGACUUAAUAUACAUUUAAGCUGUAUACUGACAUGCUAUUAAAUGCAUUUUUUAUUAUC